CCUUGCAAAGCAGCUGUUUUGGGUUUGAAAUUCCAACAUGGCAGAGGCUGCAGUCAGUCUUCCCUUCAAAAACUUGGAAUGAUUUCAAAUCAUAGGCACCUUCACUUAACCCGAGCCCCCAUUCAUCAGCAAACACCUCGGAUCGAUGCUACUCUAACCUAUCGGGUUCUCGUACCAAAUCUCCAGGUUAAAUGAAUACCUGACGAAAGGGCCCACGUUUCAAGGCAGUGACAUUUGAUAGCUGAGAGGAAAAGUGGCUUUAAUGAAAAGCAACCUUUGGAAUUCCUGCUUGUGAAAAAUCCAAUUCAGCUUUUUGUGCUGCCAGCAAGAAAUGAUCAGUAGCACCAGUGUUUAUGGCUUGAAGAUGCAGUGGACGCCGGAGCAUGCCCAGUGGCCAGAACAGCACUUUGAUAUCACUUCAACCACCCGGUCUCCUGCCCACAAGGUAGAAGCCUACCGGGGGCAUUUGCAGCGCACCUAUCAAUAUGCCUGGGCCAACGACGACAUCUCGGCUCUGACCGCCUCCAAUCUUUUGAAAAAGUAUGCAGAAAAAUAUUCCGGUAUUUUAGAAGGCCCGGCUGAACGGCCCCUUCUUAGCAAUUACUCUGAAGCUCCGUCAGGGUUGGUGAAUGGCCGGAAGAAUGAAAGCGAGCCCUGGCAGCCUUCACUGAAUUCAGAGAGCGUGUAUCCCAUGAACUGUGUCCCAGACGUUAUAACCGCCAGCAAAGCUGGCGUAAGUGCAGCCCUCCCUCCCGCAGACGUCUCUGCCAGUAUAGGGAGUUCACCUGGGGUGGCCAGUAACCUGACAGAACCCAGUUAUUCUAGCAGCACCUGUGGAAGUCAUACAGUUCCCAGUCUUCAUUCAGGGCUCCCAUCUCAGGAAUAUGCCACAGGAUACAACGGAUCUUACUUGCAUACCAGUUACAGCGGCCAGCCAGCACCUGCACUUCCUUCCCCUCAUCCAUCCCCCUUGCAUAGCUCUGGGCUUUUACAGCCCCCGCCACCACCGCCGCCACCACCAGCCCUCGUCCCAGGCUACAAUGGGACUUCUAACCUCUCCAGUUACAGCUACCCUUCUGCCAGUUAUCCUCCUCAAACUGCUGUUGGCCCUGGGUACAGCCCUGGGGGGGCACCACCUCCCUCCGCGUACCUGCCUUCAGGAAUCCCCGCUCCUACUCCUCUGCCCCCAACUACUGUACCCAGCUACUCCUACCAGGGUCAUGGUCUGACGCCCAUUGCACCAUCCGCCCUGACAAACAGUUCAGCCAGCUCUCUCAAAAGGAAAGCUUUUUACAUGGCAGGGCAAGGAGAAAUGGACUCCAGUUAUGGAAAUUACAGCUAUGGCCAACAGAGAUCUACACAGAGUCCCAUGUAUCGAAUGCCCGACAACAGCAUUUCAAAUGCAAACAGGGGGAAUGGUUUUGACAGAAGUGCUGAAACAUCAUCCUUAGCAUUUAAGCCAACAAAGCAGCUAAUGUCCUCUGAACAGCAAAGGAAAUUCAGCAGCCAGUCCGGUAGGGCUCUAACACCCCCAUCCUAUAGUACUGCUAAAAACUCACUGGGUUCGAGAUCAAGUGACUCAUUUGGGAAGUAUACCUCCCCAGUAAUGAAUGAGCAUGGUGAUGAGCACAGGCAGCUCCUUCCUCACCCAAUGCAAGGCCCGGGACUUCGUGCAGCUACCUCAUCCAACCACUCUGUGGACGAGCAACUGAAGAAUACUGACACGCACCUCAUUGACCUUGUUACCAAUGAGAUUAUCAACCAAGGACCUCCCGUGGACUGGAAUGACAUCGCUGGCCUAGAUCUAGUAAAGGCCGUCAUUAAAGAGGAGGUUUUAUGGCCAGUAUUGAGGUCAGAUGCAUUCAAUGGACUGACUGCUCUACCUCGGAGCAUCCUUUUAUUUGGACCUCGGGGAACAGGCAAAACAUUAAUGGGCAGAUGUAUAGCUAGUCAGCUAGGAGCCACGUUUUUCAAAAUCACUGGCUCUGGCCUUGUCACAAAGUGGCUAGGGGAAGGAGAAAAAAUUGUCCAUGCUUCCUUCCUUGUGGCAAGGUGUCGCCAACCCUCGGUGAUUUUUGUUAGUGACAUUGAUAUGCUUCUUUCUUCCCAAGUGAGUGAAGAACACAGUCCAGUAAGUCGGAUGAGAACCGAGUUCCUUAUGCAGCUGGACACUGUACUGACUUCUGCUGAGGACCAAAUAGUAGUAAUUUGCGCCACAAGUAAACCAGAAGAAAUUGAUGAAUCUCUUCGAAGGUACUUCAUGAAACGACUUUUAAUCCCACUUCCUGACAGCACAGCGAGGCACCAGAUAAUAGUACAACUGCUCUCACAGCACAAUUACUGUCUCAAUGACAAGGAGGUUGCACUGCUUGUCCAGCGCACAGAAGGCUUUUCUGGACUAGAUGUGGCUCACUUGUGUCAGGAAGCAGUGGUGGGUCCACUCCAUGCCAUGCCAGCCACAGACCUUUCAGCCAUUAUGCCCAGCCAGUUGAGGCCAGUUACAUAUCAAGACUUUGAAAAUGCUUUCUGCAAGAUACAGCCUAGCAUAUCUCAAAAAGAGCUUGAUACAUAUGUUGAAUGGAACAAAAUGUUUGGUUGCAGUCAGUGAUACUACUUUUAAAAAAAAUGUUAUGAAUGUUGGCACACACAGAACCUGCUACAUAGGGUAGAGAACCCUUUUCAGUAGUGUUAAAAUUGCAAAGGGUACUGGGAAGACUACGAUUUACCUUGCCUCUAAAGAGUCAGGGUAGACUUGAAGGAAAAGUGCAUCAAACAAGAGCUGCUGAUCUGAAAAAGCCACACAUGACAGAAAGCAUAUGUUGAUGCUCAGUUCUGUUCAAGCUAGACAAUACUCACCAAGGAGCAAGGUGCAAGUGGGUUGAUUUCAGAAGGACAUGAACCCUGUGUGUUGAUUCCAUUCUGCUGUUCUUGAGAUUUAGUUGCUGUCAAGUGCCUGAAGUGGUGCUUUAUUUUUUGUUUGCCUCACAAUUACAUUGGUGGCAUGUGCUAAUAUAAAGAGCUUUAACUUCAAACAUUAUUGGACUAAAGAGAUGAACGGUUGUGUUGCGACAGAGAACCAGAUUUUUGCUAUUCUAAGAGCAACAGUAUUCCUCAAUCCUGUCUGUUCUGCAGUGUUAAACUAAGAACAGGUAAAACAGGGUAAUGGUAAUCUGGACCUUAAUUUCUGCAGUUCAUUUCUUUUAAUGUUCUGUCUGCAAAAACUCAGGAAAGUGAUUGUGAUUUGUACAGUACCUCAAAGGAAUGUGUUGAAAGCACUAUGUACUGCUGAGAGUUAUAGGCUAGGCUUCAAUGUUACUUUAUAUUAAAUAUGUAUGUUUACCUCAACAAUUGGAGAAUGGCAAGGAAAAUUACUUUGAAUGUAUCCAGGAAAAAACUAAAGUGUGAUAUGACUGAAGCUUUACAGUUUUUAAAAACAGUGCAAAAGGAUUUCCCUGUGUUAAGGAACAGUUCUUUUGCCAAUUUGUCAGAUCAAACCAGAGCAAAAUGAUUUUUCUUGUUGGCAAACUGUAAGAGUUUUCAGCAUAUUGCUCCUUGAUAACUAUGUGAUACAGUCUUUAGAAGGUGCAUAGAUGAAAAAAGAGCCACUUAAUCGGUUUACGUUAGCAUCUGAAACAGUCAAACGUAAGAUUCGGUAGGACUCCGGGAGGCAAAUUACCUCAAACUACGACUGCUGGCCCUUAUUAUGCGGCUCUAGUUGUAGUUGUGAGGUUAUUUUGGUGAAGCUGUAGGGAACGGAAUCAGUGUAGGUCACUGGCAGAGCUGUGGGUUGCAGAGCUGCUUAGAGCAACGCAGUAGACUGUGACCGAACACACAGUACAAACAACAAAGCAAAACUGAACCCUCAAAACACAUUUAUUUCCCUUCCCAAACUGUAAAGUUGAGUUUUUAUUGUGUAUGUACGGCCCCAUUGUCCUUAAUGCAGUCUUCAUUUAGCAUCCAUUAGAAAUCUUCCAGGCUGGAGCGUGCCCACCAUUAUUUCUACCUCAGUUUUGUUACGUUUCUCUUGGAAAGCAAAGGAAGGAAUAGGGCAAAAACCAAAACCGACGCAAAAGUCAGAUUACGUUAGGAAUGCGAACCUGCUAAACAAGUUUCAGAGAGCUGCUGGCUUUUUUCCCCCCUUGAAGUCAAGCUUUGCUGUGUGUUAGCACUCUUUACCCCACUUUUUCCUCCCCCCGGAGGAAGAGAGAGAGCAUGCACGGUCUGGUGUCUUCCUUCUGGAAAGACUAGCUGGCAUGUGUGGCAUUUUGCUCGGUUCUCCCCCCGCCCCGGCUUUCCUUUUAUCCUUUAAUGCUUUAUGUACAACUCUUUUGGUGACAGCUGACUGAUGUUGGGUAAUGUCUCUGAGCAGGAGCAGUGUAUGUUGCAGCUGCCCAGAGCCUCUGCCAUCACAUGAGCAAAACAGCCUUGGCUUUUUUUGAAUGUAUUUUUUUUUUUUGGCUUGUUUACUUUAAAGAGACAGUAACAAAACUGUUGCCAAGCACUGGCGUUUAGUGUUUCUGUGAAGUAACGUACAUUCAAAACCAUUAAAUAAAUGCACUGAAAAGGCCCAAGAAGAGAGACAGCGAUCUGUCACUAGAUCAUAUUCAUCUUCUCAAAAAUUGUACAGAACUCAUCUGUUGCGUUUAAUCAAUGGAGACGUUUAGCGUUCAGAAAGCUAA